UGCUCUUCCUGCUGCUGAUACCGGUGUGUCUGGCAGAAAGUCUCUGAGAAAGAGGCAGAAAUCGACGCAGCGGCCAGGGUCUCAUUGGGGGGCAGCAUUUUCACAGGGAAAAACGAAGCGUGGAGACGCUGGAACCUGCGUACACGGUCACUCACAUGCUGCAAGUGAAACAUUCAACCAAAUCCUGAGCUUUUUUUGAAACAACGAUUGAGUUGAGAACUGAGUGAUUUCUUUUUUUCUAGGAAUGGUGAACACUGGAGGGAAAAACUUUUGGAGGGUAAAUCACCCUUCCAGCAGGACUUAUCUCGGAGUUUUCACAUUUUUCUUUAUUUUUUCUCUCUAUUUGCCGGUGGAGGUUUGUGUGAGAACAAAAUGAGCUGUUUCCAAAAUUAGUUUUUGAAAAGUGAGGGCAGUUUGUGACCAUAAAGAUCAUUUUCUGGAUCAUAUCCAAGCAGGUGGAUUACGACUGCAUCGUUUCCUAGAUUUCUCUGCUAACUGGUAAAGGAGAAAAUAUAAAGCUGAAACACACACGCGGUUGCUGGAUUUAUGCCAGUCGGAGAGGUAGAAGGUCUGGUUCAAUCUUCUCCUCUAUGAUGUGGAUUACAGAUGGGCUUUGUGAUCUUUCAGCUCAGUCUCAUGGAUGAUCGCUCGCUGCCAGUUAUUAGGAUAAGGCACAAAGAGGGACACAAGUGGCUCCGGCACAAGCCAAGAAUGAAUGAAGUGAUCUGUGUGAAUCCUAUUAUUGCUUCCUGGAUCCUGGCCAAGGCAGAAGAAAUGGAGGGGAGCACCUCUGUCUAGCAGCACGAUCUGAUCUGCCUCCUCUCUGGACAAACCGAGGACACUUCUGCAUCCCAUUACAGUACAACUCCCCUACUGCUCCUCCUUGUUUACAGCGGGCAAGUAUGGUACCGCCACCUCCCACCAACAAGCCCCACGUCUGUCUGUCCACCAUCCUCAUCAUGAGCAGCAUGGCACUGAUUGAUGCCUACCUGGUGGAGCAGAACCACGGACCACGCAAGAUUGGCAUCUGCAUCAUGGUGAUGGUGGGAGACAUCUGCUUCCUGAUUGUCCUGCGUUACGUAGCGGUGUGGGUGGGCGCCGAGGUUCGCACGGCCAAGAGAGGCUACGCCAUGAUCCUGUGGUUUCUUUACAUCUUCGUCCUGGAGAUCAAGGUCUACUUUGUGUAUCAAAACUACAAGGCGGACAGAAAAAGCUUGGACGCUCUUGCAAGGAAGGCACUGACGUUGUUGCUGUCCAUAUGCAUCCCAGUGCUCUUUGUAGUGCUGGUGGCUAUCGACCACAUGGAGUACGUACGGGCCUUCAAAAAGCGCGAGGAGAUUCGAAACCGUCUCUUCUGGGUGGUGGUGGACCUGCUUGACAUACUGGACAUCCAGGCGAACCUGUGGGAGCCUCAGAAAAAGGGCCUCCCUCUGUGGGCCGAAGGCCUGAUGUUCUUCUACUGCUACAUUCUUCUGCUUGUGUUGCCGUGCGUGUCCUUAAGUGAGAUCAGCAUGCAGGGCAUCAACAUCGUGCCCCACAAGAUGCUCCUCUACCCCAUCCUCAGCUUGGUGACCAUCAACAUCAUCACGCUGUUCAUCCGUGGUGGAAACAUGAUUCUGUACAAAGAUGCCAGAGUCUCUGGGAUCCUGAUAGGAAAGAACAUCCUGGCCAUCCUCCUAAAGACCUGCAGCUUUGUUCAGUACAGGAGACAGUUGCAAAACGCUCCUCCCGCAUUUGGGGUCGAGCUACAGAAAAACUCGGUGGCCCACGCUCGCCCUGUCCCCACUCCACCCCAAGUGGUCAUGCAGGACCAGACGCCCCUUCCUGAGGUGACGACAUGUGAACACACAUGACAGAACGAUGAGCUUGGACGUUGAAGUGAUGUCAACAUAGACGUGACCUCCAGGGGGCUGCCAAGGCACAAUCUCCCCAGGGUCCCUCCUGGGGAUGUGACUGCUUAUAUGGACACAAAGGAGACGUCUUUCUUUACUGCUCAAUGGCACACGGGACACUGCAGACACUUAGCACUGACGUAGUAGCGCUGUAUUCAAAGCUGUCAUGGUGCGAAACACGGUAUUGUCAGGUUUGUCAAAGCAUUUCUCCAAGUGAACUGAGAGGAGGAAACUGUAUAUUUUUUUGUAUUUGAAGAAAAGAAAAAAAAGUGAUUACUGUAAGAUUAGAGGAUAUAUUUUUGAAGUAUGUGUUCUUCUCAUCUUAAACUUAAGAGUCUGUGUGCUUUGGUGUGUAUUUCUGUUGCUCGAAUGUUCUUAGUACUUGGAAGCUUUAACGUCACAGUCAGACAGGUGUAACAAUGAGAGAGUCACAAUGAUAAGAAUGAAAACAGUAGUUAGAGCUUUCUCCUGAAAGAUGUGUGUUUUUAUAUGUGACUAUUUGAUAAAGUAUUGUGAACAAGACAAAGGCGUUGUUGUUCUUUCACUGGCUGAAAGCAUGUUUAUAAUUAAAUCAAUUUAAAGGGGUGUUACCAGGUACGGUUUAUAUUCCAAUGAAUCCAGACAGCAGAGAGUCUCUAAUUAAUCUCGGUUUAAAAAAGAGAAGA